AUGUUACCCGCAACGUUUUCUACAAAGGACAUGUCGGAGUCUGUGCCCAUCAGCUACGCCCUGCUGCUGCUGCCGCCGAAGAAGGAACUCCGCAAGAAGGGCUACACGAUGGCCGGGCUGCCAGCCAGCGUCAGCCAACAUCUGCGCAGCACCCGCACACAGUCGAAUGUGCAGGGCGGUAGUGUCAGCAGUGCACGCGAUCACGCCCUCGCACGGUGGACCACACACGCACUCCCAAAAGGCGCCACCUACCGCGAUGCUUUAGACGCCGUGGAGGACGCCAAUCGCACGCAGUGGGGAUUUCUCAAGGGACGCAUUCAAUUCGCAACGGGCGGCUUUGACACGUACGCACGGCGGAACCCCAACGACGCGGCAACCCUCGCGUGUGUGGGAACAUAUGAUCCAAAUUCCGUUUUCCGCGGGGUAACGGCAGCGGCGGCGAUGGAGAGUCGCACACGACUACUGCCACGAUUGCGGCCGCUUGUGAAUGAGCAUGGACAUUAUACACAAUCACAGUCGCAGUCGCAAUCCUCCUCUGCCAAGACGCUUCCACGUACAUUUGCACCGCAGGUAUUGUACGCCUCCUGUCCACCGCCGGUGCUUUCACAGGCUGGAUAUGACUUUACACCAAUGAGUCACAUUUCAUUUCUGCUGCGGCCGAGUGAACCCUCAACGGGGGCGCGGGAUGUACGCAGUGACUUUGUGCCAAUGCGCAGCAGUGAUUAUCGUCCGCGUGCGUAUAAUCGCGGCACCGCGGGUGGACGACACUGUCACUGUGCGGAGGUGUAUCAGGUCGGUGACUACACCAUGGAUCUCGCACGGGAUGCCAACACCAUCAAUCAACGCAACUGCACCGUAAAGCACUCCCUCACACGCACUGGCACAGUGAAGCCAAACAGCACCAUUGUGGGUCGUCGACACGCCAAGGCACCCGCCUUCCCAUGUGAACAUCAAGGAAGCGCCGUAAAGGAAACCACAAGGGCAACUGCCAUGGAGAGUAUGGAGGCAGAUCGUAUGGCAAGUGAAGAGAAGGAUGGCAACGGCGAACGGCGUCUCCCGCGUGAGACGGAGAAUAGAGAUACAGUGGAUGAAGCGGUGCCUGUUGAAAAGCGUUCUGUGCGAUUUAAUGAGACACCAGCAUCUAUGGCUUAG